AUGAAGGUUGCCCUCGAUAAAUAAACCCAUAUAAAAAGAAGAUGCCCAGCAUUAGAAUUAUUCAUUUUAAAAUAUACUCAAAAUGCAAAAAUUUCACCUCGUAUUGGUCGCCAUUUUUGCUAUUGCAAACGGAAAUGUUGUUCCUAUCCCUGAUGACGCUGACAUCCAGGAAAAAUUAAAAGCUUUUCAAAACUGUGUAAAAUGUCGCAAACAAACCGCCCAGCUGGUCACUUCCAACUCAGACAGUGAUCUCUACAAUUUUUACAAUCUUCAAUGGAACACCCGAAAAGAGAAGGUUUACCCGGUCGCGUAUUUCCUCCCUAAUUGUACCCGCGACGUUCAAAUAGCCGUAAAAUGUGGCGUUAGAGCCAGCCUCCAUCUCAUCCCGAACAGUGGUGGCCACUCGUACGAGGCCAUCUCUUGGGGCACUAAUCAUACCGUGAUUGUGGACUUCAGAAACAUGCAGAAAGUCGAGCUGAUUGGAAAAUCUGUCGCCAAAGUGCAACCAGGCGCUCUCGUGGGUCCGAUUAAUGCGAAAUUAUGGACUCUGGGCAAGGUUGCUGUUCCCAUGGGAAACUGCCAAACGGUUGGCAUAGGUGGGCAUGCUAUUGGUGGCGGAGCGGGCUACUUUUCCGCCCCGUACGGACUAACGAUCGAUAGUUUGCUGGAAGUUGAAAUAGUUGCGGCCAAUGGAUCCGUCUUUGUCGCUUCGAACGAGCAAAAUCGAGACUUAUUUUGGGCCAUGCGUGGCUCAGGGCCGGGCUACAUCGGAAUUGCGACGGGUUUCAAAUUGAAAACGUUUAAUGCAGAAAAUUUAAAAAUUUCCUGGUUUAAGGCCAACUAUACGGGACAAGAGUUUGUCAAAGUGUACACAGCAUUUCAGAAAUGGAUGGACUGGACGGAGAGGAACGAGCCAUUGGUGAUGUCAGGGAUUUAUAUUUCGCAUGAUAACUACACCUCGCAAUACCCUCCUAUUCCUGAAACUGGCGUCGUAAUCCAUUCCGUUUACAUUUACGACCCGGCUACGUCUUCGGAAGACAGAAGUGCCCGGUUUCGCACCCGUGUGAACAGUUUCUUCCCAAGCGGAGGGUCAAAAAAUGUGAGCAGUGUGUCUUAUCUGGAAUUAGUCGUGCAGACUGGGUACGCACCAAUUCGAGUGAAUGUCACACGACGUGGUCGAAGUGAGACUGAAGAAGUGAAAAUUGGAAAUCUGGAUCACCCCGUCUUGGAUGAUACGGACGAAUUUGGCAUCAAACCUGGGCAGGUUUCGGAUCGGGAAACGAGAAUAAUUCAAAGGUUGGCUUCCCUCAAGAAGGAGCAGGCAAUGCCCCGGUACUUUUAUGCGAAAUCACACUUUGUCAAGAGAAGGCUUACUCAGAACGAGAUUGCAAGAUUGGGCCGAAUCGUGGUCAAAAUCCCGCUGAAUAAAAACUGGGUAUUGAUCAACUCAGAGAUGGGGGCCAUUCACUCAAUUUCGCCGACUGAGAUGGCCUACGUGCAUCGAGAUUCCAGGCUCGAUUUUAUCGUACACGCAGAAGCCCCCGAAACCGAAGGUGACAUGGUCGAAGCCGUGGAUUGGCUCAGGGAAUUUUACAACGCAAUGAAAUGCUUCGAUAGCGGAGAAAGCUAUCAGAAUUAUCCAGAUUUAGAGGUUACCGAUUACUUGCAAAGAUUUUAUGGGAGGAAUUUGGAAAGGUUGCGUUGCGCAAAAAGGGAGUGGGAUCCAAGAAAUUAUUUUAUUAAUCCGAUUUCAAUACGCUAAUAUAUUUAUAAAUGUAUUGUGGGAAAUAUAAUAUAAAGUAAACCGAUUUCGUUGAAAACUGAGACUGUCAACUGUAGGUAAUAAAAUAAAUAUAUGCCGAGGGUAAUAUGUA